CCGAGCAUUUCUCAGUUUUAAGUUACCGCCCCCUCAAGAUGGGAAAAAGUUGCCUGAUCUUGUGCUUCAUCGCUCUCCUGUUCAUCCAGGUCCGGAGUGAACUUACCGAUGACCAAGAAAAUGCCCAACAUCCCCGACUGCAGUCAUCACGCGACUUCGAGGCCCUCGACGAGGAGUUGGAAACGCGAUUUUGGCAUGAUAAGGCCCAAUCGAUUCUGGCCGAUAAGCUGGCCAGCCAUAACAAACUUAACGAAAACCGAGCCAAGAACGUGAUCCUAUUUUUGGGCGACGGAAUGUCAAUCCAUACGAUAGCAGCCACACGUGCCUUCAUGGGCGAUAGCAACAAGCAGGUCUUCUUCGAGAAGUUCCCCUACUUGGGACUGUCCAAAACUUACGCGGUGAAUGAACGCACUCCGGACUCGGCCAACACAGCCACGGCCUAUUUAACCGGAGUCAAGGCCAACUAUGGAACGCUUGGAGUGAAUGCCCAGGUGCAAAGGGGCGAUUGUGUUACCAAUUCCAGUACCCAUGUCCAGAGUAUCGGUCAGUGGGCCCAGGAGGCGGGCAAGUGGGCGGGAAUAGUGUCCACCGCCCGGGUGACACAUGCCUCUCCAGCCGGAGUUUAUGCUCAUGUUGCCGAGCGGGAAUGGGAGCACGAUGGUGAGAUCGUCAACUCCAAUUGCAGUCCAGAUGUCAACACGGAUGUGGCCCGCCAACUGGUGGAGUGGCCGGUGGGUCAGGAGCUUCGCGUUAUUAUGGGAGGCGGUCGGUCCUAUUUCCUGGAUCAAUCAAUGCACGAUGAAACUGGUGUUUCGGGCCUGCGAACCGAUGGCCGAAAUCUGAUCCACGACUGGCAGAAGAUCAAGAAAGAACAGGGAUCGGAGGGGAAGUAUGUCUGGUCGCUCAAGGGACUCAAGGAAACGGACCUUAGCAAGACGGACUACCUUCUUGGACUCUUCGACACCUCCCAUAUGCCCUACCAUGGUGACCGUCGGCGAACCCAUUACGAAGAUGCAGAGCCAUCCCUUUCCGACAUGACAGAAGCAGCCAUUAAUUUGCUCAGCAAGAAUGAGCAGGGCUACUUCUUGUUCGUGGAGAGCGGCCGGAUCGACAUGGCCCAUCAUGCCACGAAAGCGAGGAAGGCUCUAGAGGAUACCCAGGAAUUCGCGGCGGCCGUGGAAAUGGCAAGGAAAAUGACCAACGAGGAGGACACUCUCAUUGUGGUUACCUCGGAUCACUCGCACACCAUGUCUAUCAAUGGCUAUCCGUAUCGUCGUCAGAACAUCCUGUCCCUGGCUCCCAACAUGGCUGAUGACGAGCUGCCUUUCACCAUCCUGUCCUAUGCAAAUGGUCCAGGAUUUGAAGAAACUUAUAGUUCAGAGUCUGGACGCAUUGAUCUUUCCCAUAUGGACACGACGAAUGCGGAGUUUGCUUUCCAGGCCACGGUUCCUUUGAGUAGCGAAACCCAUGGCGCCGAGGAUGUGGGUGUCUUCGCCUCAGGUCCCUACGAGCAUCUGUUCACUGGAAAUUUCGAGCAGAGUUCCAUCCCAGCGAUGAUGGCUUAUGCGGCCAAUAUUGGACCCUUCGCCAAGGACAAACUUAAUGAGUAAUAAAAUUCCUAUUAAAAUCGCAUACUCAUUCGGAAUACUCAAUAAACAAAGAAUAAUUUAAGAUAAGGGAAAGUGAUAGAAAAUAAAAUCAAAACUCCUAAAAGUUUCGGUAAAUAUAUUAAAAUUUUCUUUUAAUGCAAGGGGAAUAAAACGCUAAUAUGUUGUAAAAUCCAAUAUGUUAUUUAUAAUAAAACUGAGCAAUUUAGAGUACUAA